AUGGACAUGGAGAUGAACGCCGAUUUGGACGACGAGGGAAGCGAGAGCAGCCAGCCGUCCUCGGAGAGGAGCUCGGCGAGCAGCACGUUUUGUACUCUGGAGAAAGAUUAUGCGAGGAUAACGAACGAGAUGAAGACUAAUGAGGCGCUGGCACCCUUCGAGGCCGAGUACGCGAGGCUCUACGAGUCCUUGUACACAGCGCACCGAAACGAAAAGGAACUGUCGGAGCAGUGCCUCUCGCUCAGGAACGAGCUCGAGGACAACACGUACAAGAUUUACGAGCUGAGGAAGACGGUGGAGACGCAAGAGGACGAGAUAGCCGAAUUAAAGCAGGAAGUGGUGAACACGACCAAGUUGGCCGAUGCGGCGCACGCGCGCGAGCAAAACGCCCAGGAGGUGAUCGAAAACUUGCGACUCAACAUCGCGAAACUGGGCUUGGAGAUCGAGCAAAAGAACAAGCAGCUGGCGGCCGAGAAGGAGUGAGUGAGUCUACUCCUCUACGGGAGGAAGGAUGAGUUCGCUUGCAUCGUAGCAUCCCUGGGAUGCGAAACCGCAGGAUGUGAAAAAUAACGCCGAUUUCGUCCGAAAUUGCCGAGUGCUUUCGCGAUAAAAAAGAUGGACUUUUCUCCUCUUUCUCUCUUCCUUUUAUUUAUUUACUUUUUUUCU